AUGGACGACCAGGGCGGCGAAGAUGAUGACUACUCGGAUGACGACCUAGACGCCUUGCCGGACCACGCGUUUCAUCAACUCCAAAAAAAUGCAAUUGAAUCAACGCCACAACCGAGCCUGAGUACACAAGUCCAGCUUCCUACCAUAAAACAAUCUACCUCACUAGCAGGUGGUCUUGGACGACUAUCGGCUGGGGGACCUGCGAGCCAUGCUGCUAACCAACAUGCGUUUCAGGCGCCAUCGUCAGACUAUGGCGACUUUGAUGAGGAGAUGUUGGACGGCGAGAUCCUUGACGCUGCAGAGGAACCUGUUCUAGCUGCGAGAUACGAAGCUGGUGCUGGUGGGAAAAAGCCUGGGGAAUACUCUCAGAGAGAGCAGUGGAGACUACAGCGAUAUGCGGCGAACCAACGUAAAUCAGGGCCCAUAGAAGCGCAGCAACGUGUGAAUCAGCAGGGAGCUCUUGGCGUGCCCUUAUCCAAUGGUAGCGAUUGCGGUGGUCCGAACACUACAGGCCAAGGAGAAAGGGCUGUGUAUUUGGUGAACCCUGGCCUGCAUCCACAGGAGAGUGCGGAUGUGAACGCUCUUCAAGCUCAAGUCCUGAAGCUGCUACGUGAACGCGAGGCACUUCAACAGGCUAUUCAGAAUGCCAAUGACAAUACUUAUUCCAAGGCUGGCGAAAUUGCUAUCGUGCGAGCCAAUGCAACCAAAAUAGAAAAGGAUUUUGAGAAUCGAACUCUCGCUCUACAGAAACUGCACGCCGACGAAGCAGCGCGACAAAAGAUCGAAGUAGAAAAGGCACGAGCAGAGCUUCAGAAGCUCGCUACGGAGAAAGACUUCCUUGAAAAUGAUCUUGCGGAAGGGAGCAAACAGAUCAGAAACCUACAGAAAGCUAUAAAGAAAGGGGAAGACAAAGAUGCCGAAUUGAAGAUUAGGGGCAAGGAAAAUCAGCCCGUAACUCCGAAAAAGAACAAAGCUUUGGCCUUUGCAGAUGGCUUCGAAGAUGAGGAAAUCCAGCCCAUGUCGCCUUCCAGACUAGUCAUCAGAUCCAAAGCAAAUACCCCUAAAGCCGGGGCAAAAAGGAAAAGGAAGCCCACAGAAGCCAGCCCUGUCAAGCCAUUGGAUCUCACGCAACCAAUCCAAAUCGACUCCUUUGAGGAAACAGCUGGAUCUCAGAGAGGUCAUGUUCAGUUAGCCAAUAACCAAAUACCAAGGCCUGCUCCAGUACGGCAGGACCAGAAGUUCAAGCUUACACAAAGAUUGCUCGACCGUCGCUUCACACCUGAGGAGCCAAGGACAUUCGAGCGCCUGGCAACAUUUUCAUUCCCUUCAAACCGAGACCGAGCUCUCUCCACCAUUCUACUUGAUAAAAUGUCGACACUUACUUUCAAACCAGACUCUGACAAUUUUGCGGCUGCACUUGGUCUGAUCGUUAUCUCAUUAUGGUCACAAUGUAUGGAGGAGAAAUAUCAUCAGCCAGUGCAUCUCCUCGUGGACCUGGUCAACUUUAUACUCGUGCUCAAUUCAAUAAAGACAGCACCGGAUCUCACGAACCACCUGAUGAGUCUGGUUCAAUCAACAGCCGAUGUGAUACUCGUGCCCCGUUGCAAGAAAGAGUCACCUCGGAAGGACAGAGCAGACAUUAGCUGCGUCGAAUGUCUUCAGGUAAUGCAAACGAUGGCGGAAGACUGCUCUUGUGACACAGAGGAGAUAGUACGCUUCUGGCGCACUAUGCGUUUCGAUUUCAUAAUGAUGCUCCUCAACUUCAUCAACCCUCUGGACGAAAUCAACAUUAUGCUCAGCAUGCUCCAUACAAGCAUUUUGGAUCAAUCCUUCGCUAUGAUCAUUCCUCCGAACAAUGGACAGCAAGACGCAUCCGAAGCUCAUAUCAUUGACAACCUCUCCCACCUGCUCAUCAAUACUCCUCGUACUUCUCCAGGGGAAGAGCCACCCGAUGCCGCCAAGCUAUGCGAAGUCCGUCUCCAUGUUCUUAGUUUGAUCGAAGCCAUGUGUAACACCAUUCACGGCAGUGAAGCGCUUGCGAAACAUCGACUUGUUAUCGGCCACCUGGUACGCGUCAUGAACGAUGAGCUCGACCGAGUUUACGAUUACCAGUAUGGGUAUGAGCAGAGGAUCAUUCUCGUCAAUACCUCCACCCGACUCCUUUACCACCUUACAUCCAACUACGCUCAUCUUGUCAAUAUGCAGGCUCGUCUCUCCGUGGUCCCUGGCGGCGAAAAGAAGUUCCUCGUCGCUCUCACCCGUCUCGCAUUCAGUGAGGGCGGCUUCUAUGAGCAAGGCAUUGAGGAUGACGUUGUGGAUUGCGCGCAUCAGAUGCUGGAGGCUAGGGUCAGCCCUGAAGAGGCAGAGCAGUUGGUUGAGGCAUUUUCAAGCGCCAGGAAGUAG